GUGCGUGCGAAGUCUUCGGGAAGCGCAACGGCCCUGGGUCUCUCUAAUUUAUCUCUGGACAAUCUGAUUCUGCUGCGUGUGAGCCGAGAGUCCUCUCUGAAAUAAUAGAAGUUUAGAGUGAAGUUGACUCUUGAUUUUAGAUAUCUCACGGACGGUCUUCACCGCUCCUCACCACGAGCGCGCUGGACAGUCGGCUGGAGAGUGUCAGUUCAGUGGGCAUGUUGUGCAGCAGCGAACCUCAUAUGCGAUUAAUAUAUUAAUAAGUAAAUAAUUGUAUAAAAGAGCAGCGCGAUAAUGUUCAAUCGAUAGUUAUUUAACCAACUUAAUUGUAGUCCUUUAAUAAAUACACUUGUCUGCUUUAAGCUUUCAAUUGCGGGCUUUAAGUGUUUUCCAUAUAGGCUAAUUUCGAGCAAGAUGCGCAUGUGGGGACGACUAUACUAAUUAGCAAUAGGGUAGGUUAUAAAGUUACCGUUCCCCCGGCCAACAUAUAUUGUAAUCAUCACUCGGUUGCACCUCGUUUUCCAAGAUUUAACGGUCCUUGGAAUUAUCGCGUAAUACCUUUGACAACUUUGCAUUUGAGUUUCAACAAUGUUUCUCUAAGGUUACGGUUUUACAUAACGCACUUGUCAAAAUGCCAUGCGAAUUUUAUUUUAUGGCUGUGACUUGAUUUUUAUAUAACUUAACUUAAAUUCAGAGUCCAGACCCAGACUUUUAGAGGGAAGAAAUUGACUCGCUGUAAUUAGUCUUUAUUCCAAGUAAUUAUCCGAUGCAGACAACCUGAUUAUGGCUUCGAAUUCAGUUGGCUAAAUCACAAAUGUAAAUAUGGACUCACUGUUAAAUAGGUGAUUUGAAACUGAAGUUCGUUACAUUUAUUACUUAUAUAGGUAUACUUUAACCAUGUUAAGCACCCCAUCAAAUAACGGUGGCAUUAGAAUGUUGGUCCUCCCCGCACCCAACGACGAUAGACGGGUUGAGUUUGUGGCUCUUACCGCCGUUCAUACGGAGAGGAGUGAACCAUCGACCCCGGAGCGCGUGCACCCUUCUCACCGCACCGGGCUCCUCGGUACCCCGCUGCCCGGGCGUCUUGGACCCCGGGCGACCACCUCAGCCUCCAGCAAGCGCUACAGAAAGUUUCAGAACUUCUUGUACAACGUACUGGAAAGACCACGAGGAUGGGCAUUCAUCUACCAUGCGUUCAUUUUCCUGCUGGUGUUCAGCUGUCUGGUUCUGUCUGUGUUCUCCACCAUACCAGACCAUCAAAAGAUAGCCAACGAAGGCCUCUUCAUCCUGGAGUUUGUGAUGAUCGUGGUGUUUGGUCUGGAAUACGCUGUGAGGGUUUGGGCAUCUGGCUGCUGCUGUCGCUACAGAGGAUGGCAGGGGAGACUACGCUUCGCCAGGAAACCCUUCUGUGUUAUAGACUUCAUAGUGUUUGUGGCGUCGUUGGCGGUGAUCGCAGCGGGUACCCAGGGGAACAUAUUUGCUACCUCUGCCCUGCGCAGCAUGCGGUUCCUCCAGAUCCUCCGGAUGGUACGCAUGGACAGACGAGGAGGCACCUGGAAACUACUGGGCUCUGUGGUCUAUGCCCACAGCAAGGAGCUCAUUACAGCGUGGUACAUUGGUUUCCUGGUCCUGAUCUUUGCCUCCUUCCUGGUUUACCUGGCAGAGAAGGAUGUCAACACAGAGUUCAACACCUACGCAGACUCCCUCUGGUGGGGAACGAUUACUCUCACCACCAUCGGCUAUGGUGACAAAACACCCCGCACCUGGUUGGGCCGACUCCUAGCUGCCGGCUUCGCGCUCCUGGGUGUGUCCUUCUUCGCCCUUCCUGCUGGUAUCCUGGGGUCAGGCUUUGCUCUGAAGGUGCAGGAGCAGCACAGACAGAAGCACUUUGAGAAGAGGAGGACUCCUGCUGCCAACCUUAUACAGGCUGCUUGGCGUCUGUACUCUACUGAUGCUCAGCACUCCUACCUGACAGCCACUUGGUACUUCUAUGACAGCAUGCUUCCAUCCUUCAGAGAACUGACACUACUGUUCAGUCACCUUCAGCGACGGCGUAGCGCCAAGAAUGUCCUUCACAACUCCCACAACACCCUGCUGUCCGGGCUACGGCCCUACAGCUCCCCCUACCUGUCAGGGGACAGCAGCAAAAUGGGAUUCCGGGACAGGAUGCGGCUGAACAACUCCCGUUCGUCCCAGGCGAGCCGGAACAAGGCGUCCCCGCUGCCUCCCGGGACGAGUGUCCGCCAGUCGCCCAGCACGGACAAUGUCCCAGAAGCCACCAGCCCCGGAAAAGUGCAGAAGAGCUGGAGCUUCAACGACCGCACGCGGUUCCGCACCUCCCUGCGACUCAAACCCAGACCUCCUGCAGACGUGGAUGGAGUAGGGGAGGACAGUGUUGAAGACAAACCAUAUUGUGACGUUGCCAUGGAGGAGGUGAUCCCAGCAGUGAAGACCUUGAUACGGGCUGUUAGGAUUCUGAAGUUCCUGGUGGCCAAGCGGAAAUUUAAGGAGACUCUGCGUCCAUACGAUGUGAAGGACGUCAUAGAGCAGUACUCUGCUGGACACCUGGACAUGCUGGGGAGGAUCAAGAGUCUACAAUCCAGAGUGGAUCAGAUAGUGGGUCGUGGAUCGUCCUACCAGGCAGAUAAUAAGAAGGUGAGGAGUGAGAAGGGAGAGAAGACCCCUCCAGAACUAGACCUUAUGGACGAGCUCAGUAUGAUGGGACGCGUCAUCAAGGUGGAGAAACAGGUGCAGUCGAUAGAGAACAAGCUGGACCUCCUUCUUAACUUCUACACACAGUGUCUGAAGAAAGGCUCCUCCAACUUCACCUUGUCCUCCCUGUUAGAACCAGACCUGAUGUCGGACUACCACAGCCCCACAGACCAUCGUGACCUUUUCCCCUCUGCCAACUCACUCAACAUCUCCCACUCAGAGUCCAGCAACAUAAAGUGACUGGUAUUGUACUCACUGACUGAGGCUGGGGCUGAAUCUGGGAAUGAACUGGGUCCACCGCUAGACCCUCACCACAAUGGCCCUGAGAUGUCAUGUCACAAUACUGGACUGUAGCAGCACCUCUGAAGCAACCCACUAUGCCCAUAGCUCUUCCCACUAAUUACCAAACCAAUUUGAUUCCUAACUUUGGAGGUCUGACUCCUUUAGGAAUUCACAGUCCACACCUUAGGACCCACACUUUUUACCAUUGAUUGAUCCUCAUCUUUAAUCAUUUCUCCCUCCACAUACACUACAUGGCCAAAAUUAUGUGGUCAACCCUUCAAAUGAGUGGAUUCGGCUAUUUCAGCCACACCCAUUGCUGACAGGUAUAUAAAAUCGAGCACAAAGCCAU